AUGGUAGAAAUCAGUUGUCAUGGAAAUUUAUUUAUUGUUAACCAAAUAGUACAAUUAGUUUUGGAAAAUGGGGCUGCUCUGGCCAAAGAAGGAGAAUUCACCAAAAAAGCUUUUUUCAACAGAAAAUUAAAUUUAAUUCAAGCUAAUGUUAUCAAUGAUUUAAUUCAUGCAUCUAGUUUAGAAGAAGCCAAUUUAGGCCUCAAUAAUUUAAGUUCUGAACCCCAAAAAGAAUUAGAAUUUAUAAAAAAUGAACUACUAGACAUAAUUGCUAAUAUUAAAGUAAAUAUUAAUUAUCCGAAAUAUAAUGGGGUAGAAUACUUAACAGGUCAGGAAGUUUUACCUUGCUUAAAUAAAUUAGUGAAAAAACCGAAAACCAUUAAAGAAAGCAGUAAAAAAGCUUGGAUCUACCUAGAAGGAUUAAAAGUUGCUAUUGUGAGUAAGCCAAAUAUAGGAAAGUCUACUCUUUUAAAUGUUCUGCUUCAAGAAAAAAAAGCCAUUGUUUUUCCAAUUGCUGGGACAUACAUUAUUAAUAAAAAUUCAGAGAUCCCAUCACUAGAGUUAUAA